AUGGCAAUGGUAACGUGGAGAAACGGCGAGAAAGAUAUCGCCCGCGACUCUCAAGGCGGAAUCUCUUCCCCCCUCUCUCAAGUCGGACCGUUAUCCCUCUCUACCGACCUAACGGGACACCUCAAUCCCAUACCCUGUCUGGAUAUCCCCUCAACACAUCAGACACCCCAAGGCGCUCAUUCAAGCAACAUAUCUCAAUCUAUCACUAGUCAAACGUCGACUAACUCCGUGGACAAACAGCAGCUUCAGCAGAUCGAGUGUGUGGUGUGCGGGGAUAAAUCCAGCGGGAAGCACUACGGCCAGUUCACAUGUGAGGGGUGUAAGAGCUUCUUCAAACGGAGCGUCAGGCGGAACCUCAGCUACACCUGCCGCGCUAGCAGGAACUGUCCCAUUGAUCAACACCACAGGAAUCAAUGCCAGUACUGCCGACUGAAGACGUGUCAAAGUGGGAAUGCGGAGAGAAGAGCGGUUCAGAGAGGAAGGAUGCUCCCACCUCAACCGUACCACGGUCAGUUCUCCAUAACCAACGGAGACCCUCUCCAAUGCCACUCCUACCUAUCUGGAUACAUCUCGCUGCUCAUGCGAGCCGAGCCCUACCCCACAUCCAGAUACAGCACGCAGUGUAUGCAGUCCAACAACCUCAUGGGGAUGGAGAACAUCUGUGAGCUGGCCGCCCGGAUGCUGUUCUCGGCGGUGGAGUGGGCCCGAAACAUCCCCUUCUUCCCCGACCUCCAGAUCACCGACCAGGUCGCCCUGCUCCGGCUCACUUGGAGCGAGUUGUUCGUGCUGAACGCGGCCCAAUGCUCAAUGCCGGUGCAUGUGGCUCCUCUCCUGGCUGCGGCGGGGCUGCAUGCCGCCCCCAUGUCGGCGGAGAGAGUCGUGUCUUUCAUGGACCAUAUCCGGAUCUUCCAGGAGCAAGUGGAGAAGCUGAAGGUUCUGCAUGUUGACUCAGCCGAGUACAGCUGUAUUAAGGCUAUAGUUCUCUUUACGUCAGAUGCGUGCGGUCUGUCAGACGUAACUCACGUGGAUGAUCUUCAGGAGAAAUCCCAGUGCGCCCUGGACGGGUACAUCAGGAACCAGUAUCCUAACCAACCAAACCGGUUUGGGAAGCUAUUACUCCGUCUGCCCUCUCUACGCACCGUCUCCUCGUCCGUUAUAGAACAGUUAUUCUUCAUCCGGUUGGUCGGAAAAACACCAAUAGAAACUCUCAUUAGAGAUAUGUUGCUUUCCGGAAGCAGUUUUAAUUGGCCUUAUAUGUCGAUGCAGUAG